AUGCUGCACAUGCGACCUCGCAGCCCCAGCGCCGACCCCGCGCCCUGCUGGGCACCACAGCCUCAAGGACCCAGCCCUGCUAAGCGCCGCCGCCUCCACGAGCCCGCCCGCCAUGAGCCCCCGGCGUCUCCCGACCUGGAAGCGCCCACCCAGGCCACCAGCGAAGAGCUCACCUCGGUGUUGGUCCUGGCCCAUGGCUGUGCCAUGCAACUGCAGCUGGACGGAGUCGACCUACUGCUGGAGCCCGAGCCCACCUCGGUAAUGCAAGUGGAGCUCCCUGGACACACCUUAAUCCUGGUGCCCGAGGGCCUCCAGUCUUUCGCCCAUCUUGGACAGCCUGGGUUCUUGUCCACCAGCCCACAGGAAGGCGCUCUCCUGCACUUGCCCCAGGACCACCUCGUCGUCCUCCAGCAGGGAUCCCUCUGUGAAGACAUCCUAGACAACUCCUAUCAAGAGGUCGCCUGCGAUGAGGAGGACGACUCUGGCUUCCUGUCACCCUGGAUUGACGCUCCAGCUGGCCAGGCCUCUGAGCUCCUUUCCUGCCACAUCAGGAUGCCCACUCCUUGGCCUCAGGACUACAUCCUCGAACCACAGCUUCAGGUACCCUCCCCUACUGCAGAGCCAUGGUCUCCGAGGUCCUUCUGGGACUUGGACAGCUACCUGCAGGGACCUUUCCCCACCUCGCCACUGCAGCCUCUGCCCCCAUCUCCUCCAAGUCCCCAGGAGCAGCGCCCUCCACGCCCUCCAUGCUCUCCAAGCUCUCCACACGCCCCAUGCAAGGCCCGGAGGCGACUGUUCUAUGAAUGAACUACCUGCACAAAUCCUGAUGCCGCUCAAGGAAAAGGCUCCCCAAAGCCACUAUGUGUGUCUUUGCGCAGCCUACAAGGUUAGAAAGGCACUCUCGUUCUUGAAAUGGGCAGAAUGUAGAAUAUUGGAUCGGUGAUUGACUAGAAAGCCUGAAAGAUCAUUGCCACCAGAUCACGUGCUGUUUGAAAAUCGCCCACUUAAGGUCUUUGAAUUGACUUCUUCUGCCCUUUUCUAUACAGAAGUCACCCUUGGGUACUUUCAUCCUGGAAAUCCUGGUUUUGUAGCAAAUCCCAGUUUUAUUCCAGCACUACUGUUUUUUUUGUUUGUUUGUUUGUUUUUUGUUUUUUUGAGACAGGGUUUCUCUGUGGCUUUGGAAGCUGUCCUGGAACUCACUUGGUAGUCCAGGCUGGUAUCGAACUCACAGAGAUCCGCCUGCCUCUCCCUCCGAGUGCUGAGAUUAAAGGCGUGCACCACCAAUGCCCUGCCCAGCACUACUCCUUAAAGGAACAGGCUACCAUUCACCCUUACCCCCAGCUUAAUUACUUGAAUUAGCUAGUAAUUGGGAGUGAAAUUCUUUUCUCUUAUGAGCUUUAGCACUAAUCUCUCCUACUCUGUGCCCCCUUUUUUGUUUGUUUGUUUGUUUUUAAACCAUAGACCGUUUCGUUAUGCAGUCUAUUCUUUGUUUGGGAGGAUAGCAAAUGGUUGCACCUCACCGAUGCUGUUCCUAUUGAAACAAACUUAGCAAGGAAAGCAAUGAUCACGUUCUUUUUUGAAUAAUUAAGUCGUUUACAUGGGUGGAGUUUUUGUUUGUGUGUGGGUUGUUUGGGGCUUGUUUUGAUUUAACUUUGGGAGGUGUUGGCUUUUCUUUUUCUUUCCAUGAGAGCCAAAUCUGUUGAUAUCAUUUUGUGUAUUUUUAAUAUACUUCUCAUGUCCUUGAGGUCAUCGAAUGUUACAAUAAUUAAGUUAUAAGACUAUAUUGCUAGAAUAAUUACAAGAUCCCAAAUUUAAGUUGUUCUUUAUUACUAGUGUAUAGAUGUAAUCAUUACAGUUAUUUGAUAUCCAACAAAAUUUAUUAAUUUCUUUGGUAACUUUAUGUACUUUCAUUUGAAUGGUUGAUAAAAAUAGUGUCUCUAAUGAGAAAAUUGGGAUCUUUCAUACAUCUAAUAUAUCUCAUUUGUCCUUAACCAUUUUUAUUGGAUAUUUAUGUUCAAUUGAAGUAUAUUUAGUAGGGUUAUUCCUAUCAUAUGUCAUAUGGUACUUAAGUUUUAUAGAAUAUUAUCUUUCCUGUAAAUAGUUGUUAGAUAGUCUU